GGACAGGGGACCAACCCAAUGCGAACGGGAGUUGGGACGAUUUGAGAACUGGCACCUCGGCACCUCGGACAGUUCUAUCAUUUUCGAAGCUCACAUUUUCAAUCUAAAAGCAUUUGAAACAUCCAAGCACUACAUUCGUUCAGAUUCCAAGCUACUUUCGUAGGUCAAGCAAAAACGUCAUCAUGAGCUCAACUACUCCAACCAAGACCGCCACUCCUUCCCUUGUUGCGCAUGCCCGAGUAAUGGUCACGGAGGAAGAAAAGGGUGACCUUUGGCGUACCGGAAGGUCGGGAGUGAUGAGCAAACUUGCCGACGUACGGGCCCACGAUCACGGAAAGCAAGAGUUGGCCCACAAGCACAUUGUACACCAUGCCCAGACGGUGGCGCAUCCCAACAAUGCCCAUGAUGCUUUGGAAGCCGAAGAGAAGAUUGCUCAUGUUCACGAACACAGGACAUUGUUGAGUGGAUUCACGCUGUAAUAGGGCAUUUGCUGUUCCCCUGCUACAGCCACCCAUACAUGUGUGCUUGUGAAAAUCAUGGCGCGGGUUGGAUAGCAGCAAUGAUCCGUUGGUGGCACUUGGGCUGCAAGAGUUGAAUCGUUUCGCUGCCCUUCCCGAGUACCGGUACCAAACCCUUUGAUGUCAUCACUGUACUAUCCGUAUCCAGUAAUGCAAUAAUGUGCUAGUAAUUUGUUGUGAAUCCACUGC